CGUCCAUUAAAAGCGAAAUUAAUGGCUUUUGUUUAAAACAACUGUCAAAAAUAGAAGAAACGCCGACGAAUUAAAAGUGUUCGUUGUCAAAUGUCGCUUGAUAUCGUGCAAGGAGGUAGCGAGCAGCAUAUGUGUGCGGUUAUUGGAUAAUAUGUCUCCUGUGUGAAGGAGAAAGAAAGUCAUAUGGGUUUAGAACGACAUGAAGGGGAAGGCGCUCAACAUGGAAGACUGCUUGCACACUUCUUCUGAUAACCUGGCGAAAUUGGUGAAAUGGGCCCACAGUCAUGGAACUAUCUGCACCCUGAUCCCCAACCUGAAACACAUGCUCAACGAAGGCUCGCACGGUAGCCUGACCGCUCUGUGGGGCUGCAGCGCUGGCCAUGCCUACCAUUGGCCACUUAAUAGCACCUGCAAAACAGGAAACAAGGAGCGCAUGUCUUACCAAGACAGCCGGAGCAUCAAUGCAGACAGUAUUAUGCAGGCAGCCGUUGCCGUACAGAACACCUCAACAGAACGGUUCCUCUGCAAUGCCGGAAAGAGCAAAGGCAAUUCCAGCCAAGGUGAUUCCAGUCAGAUCCACGACUCUUGUGACAUCUCCAACUGCAGUGAACCUUCUGAGAUGGACGACAAUGGCGAGGAAUACAACAACCUCUACGACAUAGUUUGCGAGUCGUCGGCUACUGACGAAGAGGGCGACUCCGAACCCAACCACACCCCGAACGUCACACCCAGGAAAAGACUCGUAAAAGCACCGGGAGAUGAGGAUCCCACUGACCCAGCAUUGAAGAAAAUCAAAAAAGAAAGGGGUGAAGACUAUUACAGUGUGGCCAAUUCACAGAUGCCAAGCGGCUCUGAAGGUAACCGGGCAACUAGUGGGUUUACCCAGUCUCCCAAGCCAAACCUCCAGGCCAUAUCUUCAUCUAGGUCUUCGGCAUCUCACAAGCCUUCCUCCGUAGAUGGUGACUCCAUAGGGGUGUCGUCAUCUCCACUUCAAAACUCUCCUCAGUCCAUGAUGAAACCGUUGCGUGCACCAUACCACAUUACACAAAACAAAAUGCACUUGAGCUCAAGCCCAACUUGCAGUCAAACUGUGGAAGCUUUACCCCAUUCUGGAAGGAUUGACGCUAUGGGGGUCCUACAUCGGGAUGAAUAUCCCAAGUCUUCAUUGUCUUAUGGAGAGGCCUCCAUUGGUGUAAACACUGAGAUGGACCUUCUAACAGCGCAGGCACUUAGUGGAGAAGCUAGAGGAGAUAACUCAGGUCCACAUGAGAAGAUGGAUUAUGCUGCGAUUUUGAAAGCCCUGCAUGAACAUCUGUUACCAGCCGCACAAAACUCAGAGGAGUUCUGCCAAUCAGACAUCAGUCCAAACAGUGAGAGGUAUUUUGAAGAGAGAAAACACCUGGAAGAGUUUAUAACAAGCAUAGAUACUAUAACCCUACAAAACCUGCAGACAGUCAUUGAUCGAGUUCUCGUGUUUCAUGAGAGAACGCAGAUGCCUCUGUCCAAUCCAGCCCGAAUGGGGGAGCAGGAACUGUUUCCAGGAAGUGGACUCUACCUGCCCCACUACAAACUGGCAUCCAUGCUGCAGGAGUCGAGACAGGACAGCAUGAGACUAUUUCACCUGCUGUUUGAACACUUCUUUAGCGAGGAGGACCUGAACGGAGCGGUUGCUUUUGGGAAGAGAGGAAAGGUACCUGAUGGCAAAAAAAUCUUAGACAGAAGAAGAGUCGAUGGAAUUAUGUCAUAUGUUCUACGUUGUUCUACUAUUGACGGAUGGACACCCGUGGAAUCAUCUAAGCUGAAGAAAGCCUGCAUUAAUAAAUGUCGGCUUAGAAUUGGCCAGAAAAAGAAGCAAGAGUCAUCUCAAGAGUCCUUUAUUUUCUGUGAUGAACCUUCAGGCAAAAAUGACCCUUCAUAUAUGUAAUUGUUGAGGCCCUCAGAAUUUCCUUUCAGAGACAAAUACUACUAUCACACAUAAAGAAACAUUGUUGAAAGCAUCCCAGUGAUUGAAUGGGAGUUACUGAUCAACGUUUUGGACAUAAGCAAUUCAGGUCAGAAUUGAUAAGAGUUUUCUCAGUUCAUUUACAGCUCUAAGAGAUGAACGAUUCAUGGACACAUGAACUUGAACUAUUUCAUUGUUAUUCAUUUAAACAAAACAAACAAUCUAUACUGUGAUAGUUAUUCAACUAGUAACUCCUUACAUCAACACAAAACUGUUUAUAUUCAUUUAAAUUAGCUUUAGAAUUGUCUAGUGCUGAUUUAUGUUAGUCAUGUAGCAUUAAGAGUUUUCACAUAACAGUCAAAACAUUGUUAUUCAUUGUCAAACCAUGUUGUUGCUUUUUAAUCUUACCCAAUAUCGUAAAAUAUAGAAAUAUUUUGAACUAUCACUACAUCAAAACCACUUUAUAUUGUAUUUUAUUGGUUUCUUCACAGCUAGUGGCGGGGCUCGUCAAAUUUACCACCUCAAUCUGGUUUCGUAGAUUAAUUUGAUGACGUUACUUACGAGUUUUGAGGUGCUCCCCUCUUUUUUUGAAAGUUGGCAUCAUACCAUAUUGAUAAUGCCAUCAUUCCAUGCUUGUGCAUGACAGACUUAAAAUGGCUUAAGAGAUUUAUUAGUUGACAUGAGUUAUGUUAACACAACAAAGUUUCUGUUCUUUUUUUUACACUGGCUAUCUGUUUCAUAUCAUGUUUGUAUUUUUUAUUUUUACCAUUGUGUAUACUCAUUGAGGCAGUAGUCUAUUGGUGAAGAUACAGCUUCCACCUGCCAUUUGUUCCACAGUAUAAAAUGACUGCCAGAGAUGUUGAAUUUGAUCAAGAGAGGUAAUGUUUAAUUGGUGUGGUGGGUCGCCAUAUGUAGCAGGAAGAAUAUAAGCAUAUUAAAGAGUUUAAACUUACAAAAUCAUAAUUGUUUGACAGACACUCCAUGAUAUUUCUUUAUUAUUCUAUUUGAUGGAGGCCUAUAUAUUAAUUAAUGGACACUUUAGGUUUGCAACUGCAAAUUAACGGAACAGUCAAUUAUUUUAAAUCUUGCUGUUACUUUUCACAACCAAAUGUUUUUCAUGAAAGAUUUUUUCAGGUGUUAUACCGUACCACAUUGUCUACACUUAAAUAGUUUAAUAUAGAGAAACAAAACUGAAAAUGAUCUAGAACAAUGAAUCUAUUUAUGGUAAACAGUGUCUUGAGAAAGGUUAACCUUUUCUGAAUAGAUAGGAUUUCAAGCAUCCUUCUCCAGUGUAUUGUUUUGUAUUAACCAGUUGAAGUAUUUUGUUUUUUACUCACCUGCAAUGGUCUUUUGUAUUUAUCUUCGACUAUUUUAGCACUUCUGAUUACUGAAAUGUGUGUAAAUACUCGAUCAUUCUGGUGUGUCAUCAGUGGUCUUGUCAUUUUCUGAUGCAUUACAAUA